CGGCAAUGCGGAAGAUAAUAAACAGCGGCGGGGUGUGUGAGCGUGUGUGAGGGAGUGUAAAACCGCGCAGAAGGGCGAGCUACGCCACGAAAGAGGGGUUCCCCUUACCGACAGCCAAAGAGCGCACAGGCGGCCAGAGGCGUUUCCCAGCUCAGAGUAACCAGCGGGGGACCCGGGGAGGAUCGGCAGGACUCCCAGAGUACCGGGGAGACUCCGUGGGAACUCUCUCACAGUGAAAUGACCAGAUUUGAAGGCUGAGCCGAAGCGGAGUUUCGCUUCUCGUCGUUGCGCCUCUACGGCCAGAUCUCAAAUGCCUAAAGAGUGCCGGAGAAAGUCCUCCAAGGACUUCGGGUUUUCUGGGACUGGGAUAAGCGAUGGAGGCCGUGUAGAGAGAAGGACGGCCGGGAGAUCUCCACAGAUCUGCACGGAGCACAUCCAGAAAGCCGCGAUCGUCGCCGCGCCGCCCGCCGCGCCGGCGCUCAUGGAUGCGCCCUUGGUGCCGCAGGUCACCAUCACUUCGGAUGCGGGCGGCACCUCCAGGGAGAUCCAGGAGGAAGACCUGGACGGGGCUGUGGACGGAACCCUGCGCAGGAAGCUGUCCAACUCGUCCAUCUCCUCCACCGGAUCCUCCGCGGUGGAGUCUGAGGAUGAUCUGCUGAGCGACACCGAGACUCAGAGCAAAGGCCUCGUCACUCUGGAGCACCUGGUGUGCGCAGAGGUGAGCGAGAGUAAAGCUUGGAAGAAGCUGAAGACGUACAUCCGCUGGCCCUUGCAAGCUUCCCAAAAGAAGAAAGUAAACUGGGUCCAGCUAGCUGGCCAUAAGGGAAACUUCAAAGCUGCAGAAGAGGGCACCAUUCUGAAAAAGCUAUCAGAGAACGAGAAGAAGUGUUUUGAGGAUCUGCAAAACGACGCGCUGGUCCAUUUUGUGCCGCGCUACCAAGGAAUUGUGGAAAACGACGGCGAGUCCUUCGUGCAGAUGACCGACCUGCUGGCUGGCCUCAACCAUCCAAACGUGAUGGACUGCAAAAUGGGAGUGAGGACAUACCUGGAGGAGGAGCUCGUCCGGGCGAGAGACCGGCCCAAGCUUCGGGAGGACCUGUACAAGAAGAUGAUGGAGGUGGACAGGGAAGGUCCAACUCCUCAGGAGCAUUUCCAACGUGGCAUCACCAAACCUUGCUACAUGCAGUGGAGGGACAGCAUGAGCUCCACCAACACUCUGGGCUUCAGGAUAGAAGGCAUCAAGAAAUACGACGGCACGUGUCGAACCGACUUCAAGAAAACCAGAUCGAAGCAGGACAUCAUCAAACUGUUCAAGGAAUUUGUCGAAGAGGACGUCAGCAUCAUUAAGUCUUACCUGGAGAGGCUGAGGGCGAUCCGGGACGCGCUGAAAAUAUCCGUCUUCUUCAAGAAACACGAGGUCAUUGGCAGCUCUCUCCUCUUCAUCCAUGUCUGCGGCCGUGCCAAUGUCUGGAUGAUUGACUUUGGGAAGACUUCAGCUCUGCCUGAAGGUCAGACUUUACGGCACGACGUUCCCUGGCAGGAAGGCAACCGAGAGGACGGAUACCUGUGGGGUUUGGAAAACCUCAUCCUCACGCUGGAGGCUGCUGGCAACGAAGGGAGCGGAGAAGAACCCGAAAACAACAGCCUAACUACAGACAGGGACUUUUAAAGGUGGAGGGAACUUCGGUUAUUUUAAAUGGACUCCUCAAAACGACUCUUCGGGUGGGGGUUGCGUACCUUGAUUUGCUUAUAUUGUUCUUUUGCACGUGACGUCACGGUCUUCAGAAAUCCGCCCGCUCCGCCAUGAUGAACGUCAAAACGACCAAUACGCUCCAGUAAACAGACAUCUGUGGUCUAAUGUCGCUUUUAUCUAGUUGAUUAAACUUUAAAAUGGUCGCUGUCGGCUGUACAGACACGCGUGAAAACCUAACUUGUCAUUUUAUUUAUAACUUUUAAUGAGGGAGGUCACGGCGGCGAUGGAUAGCAGCCGUUAAUCAUAAUGACUCGGUGUAGUCGCGUUACCAUCAUCUACUUUAUAAGUAAGUAUGAUUAGAAAGAUGAUAUACAAUGUCGCAUUAUGGAGAAGGUACGGGUCUAAACAUUGGUAACCAUGUUAACAGUGCCGCGCCGUAAUGUAGCCUAGCAUGUAUGG